AUCUUGUUACAUCGCACGCGAUCGGCUCUCCGGAUCUUCCAAAGUACAAAACCCUAGAUCCAUCCGGUUUUGUGAGAGAAUUCGAUGGAGGCAAGGAAAGAGAAAAGAAUAUGCCUCGAACGGCCUGCCAGAGAAGAUCUGAUAAGCAAAUUACCCAACGCUUUGAUAUCUCACAUCUCUCGUAUCUUCGGACAAAGGAUGUUGUCAGGACUAGUGUUUUAUCCAAGAGGUGGAAAAGUGUCUGGCGUUUGGUUCCCGGGUUGGAUUUGGACUCUUAUGAGUUCCUAGAAUACUAUACCUUUGUGCGUUUUGCGAACAAGAUCCUAGAUUUUUGUAGGGAACAAAGUCAUUCUUGAACAAGCUCAAGCUAGUUAUUCAGAAGGAUAAGACUGGUCAGUCUUGUGUCACGCCUUGGAUAGACUAUGUCGCUAGGGGUAACCUUCAGCACCUUGAUGUUGAGUUAGGUGGUUGUGUAUAUUUUCGUGAAUAUUGGGAGGUGAUGCCCGUAAGCCUUUAUAUCUGUGAGACGCUCCUUCACUUAAGACUCUAUCGGGUAUCGAUGGGUAACUUUGAGUCUGUUUCUUUACCUCAUCUUAAGACUUUGUGUUUAGAACGAAAUAUAUAUCCUAAUGAGGCGAGUGUGGAGUCGCUUAUCUCGUCUUGCCCCGUUCUUGAAGAUUUGACCAUUCUUAGGAUAAAUGAUAAUGUAAAGGUUUUACGAGUGCAUUCUCAAUCACUAACCAGUUUUAGUGUAGGAUAUCAUCCUGGUGACUUAAUUCGUAAGUACAAUUAUUAUUCUGAAAAGGUUAGAGAGAACUCGGGGCUUGUGAUUGAUGCGCCUAGACUCAAGUAUUUGACUUUCAACUACGAAAGAUCGAAAAGUAAAAUCAUGAGAAAUUUGAGUUCCUUAGUUAAGGUUAACGUUCUUAGCUCCUUUGAUAUUUCAAGUGUAGCUGGCUGUUCAGAGCAACAAAUGGCCCAUAAUUUUUUCACCGGUAUCUCGAGAGUUAGGGAUCUGAUCAUCUCUCGGGAUAUGAUGAGGUUAAUCUUUUACUACUUGAAAGGAAACUCACUGCCACAGUUUUGCAACUUGUCUUAUUUGAAAACAAACUUAUCUGAAACAUCCUUGGCAUUCCUGGACAUCUUUACAAAGCUUCUUGAAAGCUGUCCGAAUCUAAAAUCCAUCGCCUUGGGUUUAACUUGUUUCCUUGACGACAUGGUUGAAAUGAGUGUCUGGUCCGUGCCUAAAUGUUUGCUGUCAUCGCUCGAAUUUGUAGAGAUAAAAAACGAACACCCACCUGAUGAUGGUGUACUGAAAGUUGCAAGGUACUUUGUAGAGAACUCUGUAAAUCUCAAGAAACUUGCUCUACAUUUGCAUUUUUUCUUUCUAGAAGGAAAUCCAGCUGUCUUAAACGAUCUCCUUGCAUUGCCGAGACGAUCUAGCAUGUGUCAGAUCGAAGUUUUUAAUGUGCAAAGUGGUCGUUCUCGUGGAAUCUUUUGAUGUUAUUGAAUUCUAUUAUGAUGUCAUUGUGAGCUUCGCCGCCCACAAUGUUUUAUAAUUCGAAACUGUAGCAUAUAUUCUUUUCUUAACUCUUUAAAGAUUGUGUACUUAAGUUCUAAUAUUUAAUUAAUAGUUGGUAUAUUUAUAAUGGAUUUU